CGAUCUGCGCAGUGCUCAUCAAUGGAGGAAGCCAAGCGUCUGCACGCGCGCGCGCUCCGCACUGGCACGCGCCGCCUGCAGCCGCUCCUCCUCCGCGUGCUCGCCGCCGGCGACCACCGCUAUGCCGCGAUCCUCCUCGCCUCCUACCCUUCCCCGUCACCCCCCGCCGCGGCACUCCACGACCGCAUCCUCCACGCGCUGGCCUCCUCGCGCAGCCCGCUCCUCCUCCCCUCCUUCGCCCGCGCCCACCGCCUCGGCCUCGUCACCCAUCUCUCUUUCACAUUCCUCCUCUCCGCGUCCGCCGCCGCCACCUCCCCUUCGUUCGCGCGCUUCGCACUCUCCUCCCACGCCCUGCUGGUCAAGUCUGGCCACUUCGCCGCCGGCGACCCCUUCCUCGGCUCCGCGCUCGUCUCCUUCUACGCCAAGAACCGCCUCCUGGGCCAAGCCAGGCGGGUUUUCGACGAAAUGCCGCGCAGGGACACGGCCGUGUACAACGCGCUGCUCUCGGCAUACACGAGGCGCGGCCUCCUCAGCAAGGCGGAGAAGCUGUUCGGGGAAAUGCCUGAACGGAACGUGGUUUCGUGGACCGCUAUGGUGUCCGGGUACGCGCAGAACGGGCUGCACGCGGAGGCGGUGGAGACGUUCAUGGAGAUGUGGGAGGGGGCAGGGGUGCAGCCAAAUGAACUGACGGUAACCAGCGUGCUGCCUGCUUGCGCGGCUGUUGGAGCCAUGGGGCUGGGGAGGAAAGUCGAGAAGUACACAAAGAGGAAAGGCCACCUUGGGAAUGUGUAUGUCGCCAAUGCAGUGGUGGAGAUGUAUGCCAAGUGUGGCAACAUACGAAGAGCUUGGAGGGUGUUUCAGAGGAUCGGUUGCCGGCAAGAUCUGUGUUCUUGGAACACAAUGAUCAUGGCAUUUGCCGUGCAUGGGCUGUGGAGGGAAGCACUUGCCUUGUUCCACAAGUUGAGGAUGACAGGGAUCAAACCAGAUGGUAUUACAUUUGUUGGAGUCAUUUUGGCUUGCACUCAUGGAGGUUUGGUGCAUGAAGGAAAGCUCUUAUUCGACUCGAUGUACGCAGAUUAUAAUCUUGCUCCACGAAUUGAGCACUACGGUUGCAUGGUUGAUCUUCUUGGGCGUGCUGGCCUCCUGACAGAAGCUUAUAGUAUGAUAUGUAGAAUGCCAAUGGAGCCUGAUGCUGUCAUUUGGGGAGCCUUACUCGGUGCUUGCAGCUUCCAUGGCAACAUAGAGCUAGCAGAAAUAGCAGUAAACAACCUUGUCUUUCUUGAGCCACAAAACACAGGAAACCUAGUGAUCCUUUCAAACAUAUAUGCGUCGUCUGGAAAAUGGGACGGUGUUGCCCAGGUCUGGAAGUUACUCAAGGAGAAAGACCACAAGAAAUCAGCCGGGUACAGCUUCAUCGAGUCAGAUGGCAGGAUGCACAAGUUCCUUGUUGAAGAUAAGUCGCAUCCAAGAUUUGAGGAGGUAUACAGAACCCUCGACAGCGUCACAAUGCUCAUGAAGCCUGUCAAGUCAGAAAAUAUGCAAGAAUUGGAGAGCUGUUUCUGUCACCUGUAGUACAAUCUAAACCCCUACAGACGGCAUGCAAGAGAGAGAUAAAGUCACCUGGGGAUUGCCCAUUUGAAACACUUGCUCUUAUCUUCAGCACCAAAGACCUGCAAAGUGAUUCACGGAGGUGACAGAAGAGACGACGGAUCAAUCAAAUGCACAGCGCCACCUGGACGCCAACUCUUCUCUAAAUGCUAUAGAUCAAAAGGGUGUUUGUGAUGUGCUUGCAAUUAAGUGGUGCAGACAACCGGAGAACUGCAGACAAAGUGUACCGAGAUAUAGGCCAAGAAGGUACAUCUAUCUAUUCUUGAACAGUGAGGAGUUCCAUGAUAAGUAACUGAGCAUAAAACUGCAGAUAUACAAUGGGGUUGAGUUUAUGUGCUCCGUUGCUGCCACAUCUUGUAGCAUGUUGAGCAGAGGCGGAGCGAACCCGCUUUCUGAGCCUGGGCAGCGUACAGCUGAAGACACAUCCUUGGCAUUUCGCUGCCGCGGAAGUGCUGCCACCUAGAUGAGGUUCACUGGCCGGAAGUGGCUUUGUCAGUUUGGUUGUGCAUCUAA